CUCCUUGCGCGCGCGCGUUUGGCACAAGCGCCAUGCAACUUGGCUGUACAAAAGGACUUUCCAGGAUUUCAAUUAGUGACGUUCCAAAUCCAGCCCCUUGUCAGUGAAGCUAUAAGGUGAACUGCAGGAAAGUCCUAGCCCUGUACACGUGGGGCCCAGCCACACAACAGGAGUAUGUCUCCCAGCCUUCAGGAAGGUGCUCAGCUUGGGGAACGAAAGCCUUCGCCCUGCUCCUUUUCCAUUGAGAGCAUUUUAGGACUGGAUCAGAAGAAAGACUGCGUUCCAUCAGUGAAACCCCACAGGCCCUGGGCAGACACUUGCGACUCCUCAGGGAAAGAUGGUAACCUGUGCCCACAUGUCCCGAGUUUUCCCAGUGGGAUCUCCUUUCCUUGUAUGAUGGACCACCCAAGGCCAGAAGAAAAAGCUUGGAAAUUUGAAAAUUGCUUGUCAGCCUCGGAAAGACUAUCUUUGAAAAAAGAGAUGAGUUGGUACAGAGGCAGGAGACCAAGAACUGCUUUCACCCCAAACCAGGUUGAAGUAUUGGAAAAUGUCUUUAGAGUAAACUGCUAUCCUGGCAUCGAUAUCAGAGAAGACUUAGCUCAAAAACUGAAUUUAGAGGAAGACAGAAUCCAGAUUUGGUUCCAAAAUCGGCGUGCAAAGCUGAAAAGGUCCCAUAGAGAAUCACAGUUUCUAAUGGCAAAAAAAAAUUUCAACACAAAUCUCCUGGAAUAGAGAAAGCUAAACAUGUGAAAUUAUUUUCCAGUCAUAGAACAUGGAGGAUCGAUGGA